AGCUGCACUGAGGCGAGUGUUCACAGGUUCUUCACGUAAAAGUCACCCCUGCUUGGUGUAAAAUCAUACUCUUGCGAUGUCUAAGAAAGUGAAAUUAAUGAAUGGUGCAAUGGAGCCACAAGUCGACGAUGGUUUAUCGGGACAGCAGCUGUUUGGUAGUGGUGAUGGCCUUACAUACAAUGACUUCUUAAUCCUACCUGGUUACAUUGAUUUCACAUCAGAUCAAGUGGAUUUGCAAUCCCAGCUGACAAAGGACAUCACCUUGAAGGCUCCGUUGGUGUCGUCUCCUAUGGAUACCGUCACAGAGUCCUCCAUGGCGAUCGCGAUGGCAUUAUGUGGAGGCAUUGGAAUCAUCCAUCAUAACUGUACUCCUGAGUUCCAAGCAAAUGAAGUCAGAAAAGUAAAGAAAUAUGAGCAAGGAUUCAUCAUGGAUCCUGUCGUGCUUGGUCCUAAUGAUACUGUUGGCGAUGUCUUCGGCUCAAAGGCAAAGCAUGGCUUUUCAGGAAUCCCGGUUUCUCAAGAUUUGCCACACAAGAUCCUCGGCAUACCCAUCACAGACACCGGAAGACUGGGUGGUAAACUCUUAGGAAUCGUCACGGCUCGCGAUAUUGACUUCUUGAAACCAGAAAGUUACGUGAAGCCGCUCAGUACUGCCAUGACCUGUAGAGAGGAUCUGGUGGUUGCUCCAGCUAAUGUAACUCUGAAACAAGCUAAUGACCUUCUGCAGAAAGCCAAGAAAGGCAAGCUGCCCAUUGUUAACGAGAAGGAUGAGCUGGUCUCUCUCAUCUCCCGUACGGAUCUCAAGAAACACAGGGAGUUCCCCCUAGCCUCCAAAGACCCCAGGAAGCAACUGCUGUGUGGGGCUGCCAUCGGUACCAGGGAAGAGGACAAGCACAGACUUGACCUUCUGGUCCAGGCUGGCGUAGAUGUAGUCAUACUGGAUUCUUCACAAGGGAACUCCAGCUUCCAAGUAAGCAUGAUCAAGUGCACCAAGGCCAAAUAUCCAGAGUUGCAGGUGGUGGCUGGCAAUGUGGUGACCGUGGCUCAAGCCAAGAAUCUGAUCCAGGCAGGUGCCGAUGCUCUGAGGGUCGGCAUGGGCAGCGGCUCAAUCUGCAUCACACAAGAAGUAAUGGCUGUUGGUCGUCCCCAAGGCACAGCAGUGUACAGAGUAGCCCAGUAUGCCAGGAGCUGUGGGGUACCUAUCAUUGCCGACGGAGGCAUCACGACGGUCGGUCACAUCACAAAGGCUCUUUCACUGGGCGCUUCCUCAGUGAUGAUGGGAAGCCUUCUGGCGGGAACCACUGAAGCUCCUGGAGAAUACUUCUUCUCUGAUGGAGUCCGACUCAAGAAGUACCGUGGCAUGGGAUCGUUGGAUGCCAUGGAGAAGAACCAGUCCUCUGCCAAGAGAUACUUCAGUGAGCGUGACAAGCUGAAGGUUGCCCAGGGUGUUUCAGGGUCCAUCGUGGACAAGGGUUCUAUCCACAAGUUUGUGCCAUAUCUCAUUGCAGGAAUCCAACAUGGCUGCCAAGACAUUGGAGCACUAAGCCUCACCGUUCUAAGAGAAAAGAUGUAUUCUGGCGAAGUUCGCUUUGAGAGAAGGUCACCUUCAGCUCAAGUAGAGGGCGGUGUUCACAGUCUUCACUCGUUUGAAAAGCGUCUGUACUAAGCGGCCAGCGACCAAGGUUAGGCAGACUCCUUCCUCUCAUCGCCAUCUUCACAAAUCGAGGAAGGCUGGAUGCGUCCAUUUUGGUUAGCCAUAGUGCACAGAUGGUGUCUAUGUUUAUGUGAACAAUGUGUUUGUUUAUCUCAGAGUGAUAUUGUACUAGCCAAGUCUAUUUUGAUAUACAUUAUGAUAUGAUGUGAAAGAUCGAUGUCUACUUUUAUGACUGUCACAAAACAAAGUAUGAUGCAAUGCAGAAAUAUAAAGGUAACAAACGGUAGAAAAAGAUGAAAAAUAAGUAUUAUUUUAACAAAUAAGUGAAUUUGCUUUCGUCUAGGCUAUACAAAAUGUGCUGGUUCUUGUAGCCUUUGUCAAGAUAUUGUAUGAACAAAAUCUGUUCCGUUUCUUUUUUGUGUCCAAAGCUCUGGGUCUGAUUUGUCUCAUUUGAUCACUCUGUAUGAUUCUUGUGUGUGUAGAGGUAUCAUUGUACAGCUAAAAGUUCAUGGUUAUCCACGUACAUACACAUACACACAUACAUCCUCUGUAGAUAAUAAAUGAACAGUUCAUGAGGAAGUUUUUUCACGGAUCCAACUUCUCUUUUUUUCUUUUCUUCUUCCUUUUACACCAAUUGAAUGUUCUACUUGUAGGCUUCCUAGACAUUUGUCAACCUUUCACACACGGCUUUAUUCUACUUUUAUUUCCACUACUUAAAGUCAUUUUUUAGAUAAUUUGCAAUCUAAAUGUCAUAUUUGCAUUUAUAUUAAUGGCCCUCAUUAUGCAUUUGGUGUGAAAAGGAAAAACAAGAACUCUUUGGUCAAUGUGUGAUAUAGGGUCGUUGUUUAUUCAUAUGAGCACUGUUUUUAAGUUUCGGCACAUUAUACAUACAUCAUUAACUUAUUUAUUUAUUUCAAGUUGGUGCAUUCACUACUUAUACUGCAAAACAGCACAGGCAUGGCAUUUUGUCUGCAUUAGAUGAAUUAAUAUUCCUGUGUUUGAAAAUGCAUGGUUGUGGCUUUGGAUAGGGGCCAAUUGAAAGGGUUUUGUAAAUGUAGUUUAGUUGCAGAAAUAUAUCAAGUGGAAAAAUGAGAGGAAAAGUGUCCUGUUAAACAUCACCAAAGGUUUCAAAAUUGCAUGGACUAAAUAUGAGCAUGAAACAAUGACCAAAAUCACCAAAUCCUCCUGUUUUCUGAUGAUUUACUUUGAAACACACAAGUCAGAGUUUGAUAAGUAAUUUUGAAUAUGUUGGUGCAAUUUUAAUUGUUUACUUUUAAUAUUUUGUUUUCAUGGCAGUCGGCUAAUUUAGCCGACAAAAUAGAUGAAAAUUCUAUAUUUUUCGUACCAGAAUUAUGAUUCAACCUGAUGAGUGACAACGUAGGGUAUUGCACAUUUCAGGACUGGUAAAACCACUCACUUCUUGAAAAUCAUAUGUUUUGCUAACGGUGCUUUAAAUUCAUCAAGUCGAAAACGGUCAAUAUCGAUAUUCAAUUUCUAAUAUCAAACUUUAUCAUAGAUUAGAUUGAUCACAUAGGAUUAUAUUUUCUGAUCUCGGUUGACGUCGAAGAAAAAAAAAAAGUACCAAUAAAGAAUGGAUUUAAAAUGUUACAAAAGAUUAGUACUAAGUAUUUUGCUUUUUUUCAUCUGCUUACAUCAUUUGAUGAAGUAAAUAUCAAUCAUGUUUAUUGAUAACUUUGAAUAUCAGGUGAUGAGUGCAAGAAAUCUAUGAAAGAGUGCCACAAGACCUUAUUUUAUUUGAAAUUGCAUCAUUAUAUAUUAUACGAGCUAGUGAAAUCUUCUCAUGUAAAUACUUCUUUCUUGAAAAAGAGUUAUGUCUAAUCAUGGGUCUUGUGGGCAAAUGUUUUCUUUUUUGAGCGUUGGAAAUCUCCAGAAUGAACUAGCUCACUAUUCCUGUCGUAUAAUUCAUAUUAUCUUUUUCUGUGCUUGAGGUAUCAAAUAGAGCCGAAUUGAACAAAUGGAAGAUUUGCCUUGUGGAAGAACUGCACAGAUUAUUUUGUUGACGAGGUAUUAAUAGAUCAGUUCGGAUAUAUUCAAAUCAAAUACAUAAUGUUGUACUAUGGUACUUUGCAGUUAGCUGAAAGCUUUAUCUGCCCAUGCACAGAUUGUAAGUACAUUCAACUGGUAUAUUGUAUGUUAUGAUAAUACCAUCUUGCAAACAUGUCUUUGUGCAUGAUGUAUUACAAAGAGUACAUGUAUGUAGGCAUAAUGUAACAAAUCUUAAGACAUGCCUGUUUAGCAUGCAGACCCCCCCCCCCUCCCACACACACACCUCACACACACGCAAAAUGAAUCUGAACAUCAAGAAACAAUACUUAGUCUGGAUCACUGGUAUUUUGUCAAUCAUUAUAGAGCGCACAAAGGAUACUUUAUUAUUGUGCAUUGUUUUUUAAUAUAAUUAUGUUGUUUAUUGUUAAUUGAAAGGUAACAAGGAAUAACCUAGGAUGUAUUUUAAAAUUGAUAUUGUUUUUGUUGAAAAGCAAACAAUCUCUCAGUGUAUCAUCUGCUGAGAGCCAGAAGGGCAUUAAUUCAUGUAUGUAAACACAGAGUUAAUACCCUUCUAGCUUAGUGAAUGGACAAUAUUUUUAAGGAUCUGUUUUUGUGUGUGUUUAAGAGAGAGACAGAGAGAGAGAGAGAGAGAGAGAGAGAGAGGGGGGGGGGGGAUGUAAUGAUUUUAUGAUGAAUUAUGUGUAUUGGUAAGAAAAGUAAAGUGAUACAUGUACAUUAAUCUUCAGAUGUAGAACUUUUUUUAAAAAAGAGAGAUUAUUGUAUGUCAUGUGGGCAACAUGAAUUAUACAUGUUUUUAUGGUUUGUCUAUGUUGUUAUUUGUCUAUGUAGUUAGCAAUACAACUGCAAAGAGGAAUUCAUGCAGACUGAAAUUGAAAUAUGACUAUAAUUAUAGUGUUUAUAAACAUGUCUUAAAACAAGAACAAAUGUAGCAAACUUAGAUUUUUAUUUACAUGUACACUUUAUGAUUUUCAUUCCAGAGAUAUUGUAAUAUUAUUAUGUUGUAAUUUGGAUUUAAUUGGUGAUUUUACCUUUGUGUUUUUAUGGUAUGAAUUAUUGUGCACAUUGUAGAAAGUACAAUGAAAUGUUGAGUAUAUAAUGAAGGUAUUAAAGCUUCAACAAUUUGUUCAAUCCUGUCACUUAGAAUCUCCUAAAUCCUGCAUGUAUAUGAUGACACAUACAGGUCCCAAGUAAGUCCAAUUUUAAAACUUGAAGUGUGUUGCAGGUUACGAGUAUAUGUAAAUAUUCAUCCUCUAUAUCUUCAUCUCCAUGUUCUAUUUGUUCCUCAGUGUAUAGCCACAUGAUUGAGUACCCUGUUUGAGAUUGUUUGGCUUUUUGUUACCCAAUUAUGCUUUACAAUUGUUAAAAACAAUUUUUUGUUUAGACAUUAUGGAAUUUAAGACUUAUCUAAUAGCAGUACUGACUUGAGAAACAUGUGCAAAGAGCGAUACUGAGAUCUUCACCUCGGCAUGUUUGUUCAGAAAAUGUGUUACAUUUUAUGUUCAUGUAUGAUUAACCUGCAUUUCAACCCAUCUCCUCAAGGUCUUAUAUUUUUAAAUUUUUUGAAAUUUUGAACUAUUAAAAAGUACUACAUGUAUAUUGUGAAGAGCUAUUAGAAAUGUAGCUCGCUUCUUUUAAUUUUUUGUGCUCAAAUCUCUUUUCGAUUGCUUUCUUUCACAACGGUUCAGUUUGAAUUAUUUGAAUAUUGGUAUGCAUGUAUUAGUUGCUUUUUAUUUGUUAUAUUUUCUUGUUCUGUGGUUAUUAUUGGUAUAUUUUUUGGCAAAAUAAAAUGACACCUACACUGGUUAGACAGAAUCAA